GUCGACCAACAUGAACAGCACAGAGAAGCUGAAAGUGAGUAGCUCCAGUAAGACAGCCACUUGAAUUCCCGUCUCUCGAGCCACGCAAACGAAACGUUACUGACGUAAUCAGUGAAAAUUCGAGCGUGUCGCCGUUCUUGAUGCAAUCGAUCGAGUCGUUCGGGACGAAUAUAUAUACUUAACACGAAUCGAAUUUACUUUUUCCUUGAGAGACUUAAAUAGUACUUGUCGUAUACGAAUGGAGGUCAUAUCGCAAAUUCAUUGCUCGCACUAACGUCAGUAGUUUAUCUCUAACCCGUAUUGUAAAUUCUUCUCGAAGAACGAACAGAAAAUUGACCAUGUUGGAACGAUGUUGGAAAUUAUAAUCGAUCAUUUAUUCUCUUCAGAUCUUAGUUUUCUGCGGCUUGGUACUGUCGGCCGUGGCCGAGGAAGCGAAGAAGGUCGCGCAGGAGUCGAGCGCACAGCCGAAGAAAGAAGAGAAGACGAAGCGUGGCUUGGAGCUUAGCUUGGGCGAUCAUGGCUUUGGAGGAGGUUUCGGAGGCGGUGGUUUUGGAGGCGGCUUCGGACUUAGUUCCGGCGGCAGCGAACACAUAUCCACGGAUCACAUCAAGGCAGUCACGGUCACAAAGACUGUCCAUAUCCCCGAGCCUUACCCAGUCGAGGUGACAAAACACGUCCCUGUUCCCGUCAGUGUACCAAUCAAAGUACCGGUCGACAAGCCAGUUCCUGUCCACGUGCCUCAACCCUACCCAGUCACAGUCGAAAAGCCUGUGCCCUAUCCGGUCGAGAAGCCAAUACCUUACCCUGUAAAGGUGCCCGUCAAGGUGCCGGUAAAGGUGCCCGUGCCGGUCAAGGUACCUGUCAAGGUACCCGUCACUGUACCAAAACCAGUGCCCUACCCUGUCAAGGUGCCCGUGGUCGUGAAGGAGCCUGUGCCUCUCUUUGUGAAGGAACACGGACACGAAGGUGGAUUCGGCGGAGGAUUCGGUGGUGGAUUGUCACUGGGAGGUGGACACGAUUUCGGCGGAGGUUACGAGCAUUUCUGAAGCAAAGGCUCGAACUGCAUAGAGUGUCGAAGUCUUUGAUCUUCAACGUGCGUCUUGUCCAUCGAUUGCCGCAGGACAAUGUAACCGCUAAUUUCGCGAAUUCGGUCUACCGAGCUCGCGAGACGCUUGCUGGUCGAAACGCGACCGUCGAUCGACGAACAAGCGUGCCGUUCGUAGUAGACGUCAGUCGAAUGUACCAAUAUUGUAUUCACCGUGAUGCUGAACCUCAAAUUGUAUUGUA